AGGAUGCCGUGCCACUUUUCCAGCGACCCUAGACUUGCGGGCAUGGGACUGGGUGGCGGCGGAGGUAACUGUGAAGGUUCGGGUGUAGAAACUGCAGAUGGAGAGCAGGGCUCUGGGGAUGGACGUGGAGAGGAGCGGAAAGGAGCCUGGAGAAAAGGCUGUCAUAUUUGCUCAGAAAAACCGCCAAAUCAGAGAGCAGAGACGAUUUCAUUGGAGGAGCGCCUCCGACAGCAAUUAAUCCUGUCAUAUUGCAAGAAAAUUGUAAAUGUUCUCUCCAGAAAUUGUCCGUCCAUUGCAGCUAAUCGAACGCACGAACAGAGACCCGCUCUCUUGCUAUACCAAAGGCUCUGGGGUGCAGGGACUCCCUCCAGGGAGCGCACGCGCGCGCGCGCACACACAUGCACACACGCGCGCACACACGCCAGCCUGCGGGUUGGCCAGCGUCUGACAACCGCAAAUCCCAGUAGGAAAUAGCCACAGGCACUGAAGUAGGUGUUGGCGCUACUCUAAUUACUACUUUCCCAAGCACUUCGGUGAGGCAAUGAAUCCCGCCCAGCCCGCCGGUGCACCCAGGUCUUGGUUCUGUUUCGUUCUCCAGACUCGUCUCCGGGAAAGCCAGAUCAAGGGAGAAAGCCAGCCAGCGGCUGGACUGGGACUCUGAGCCCUGCGCAGCUCGCGCCGGAGCAGGUCAGCCCCGAACCCGCGAAGGACUCCUCGCUCCUGCCAUCCUGCAUCAGGGAAAUCGCAGUCUGGGGAGGCAGCUGGAGCCCAACGGGCAGCAGGUUUAAAUGUUUAUUUGGCUCCUUGGCUACUGAUUACAGAACACAAAAUGAAUAACUCGACAAACUCCUCUAACAAUGGCCUGGCUCUGACCAGUCCAUAUAAGACAUUUGAAGUGGUGUUUAUUGUCCUUGUGGCUGGAUCCCUGAGUCUAGUGACCAUUAUCGGGAACAUCCUGGUCAUGGUCUCCAUCAAAGUCAACCGCCACCUGCAGACCGUCAACAAUUACUUCUUGUUCAGCUUGGCCUGUGCCGACCUCAUCAUUGGUGUUUUCUCCAUGAACUUGUAUACCCUCUACACUGUGAUUGGCUACUGGCCUUUGGGACCUGUGGUGUGCGACCUUUGGCUCGCCCUGGACUACGUGGUCAGCAACGCCUCAGUGAUGAACCUGCUCAUCAUCAGCUUUGACAGGUACUUCUGUGUCACAAAACCGCUCACCUACCCUGUCAAGCGGACCACGAAAAUGGCAGGUAUGAUGAUUGCAGCGGCCUGGGUCCUCUCCUUCAUCCUCUGGGCUCCGGCCAUUCUCUUCUGGCAGUUCAUUGUGGGUGUGAGAACUGUGGAGGACGGGGAAUGCUACAUUCAGUUUUUUUCCAAUGCUGCUGUCACCUUUGGCACUGCCAUUGCAGCCUUCUACUUGCCAGUGAUCAUCAUGACUGUCUUAUACUGGCACAUUUCCCGGGCCAGCAAGAGCAGGAUCAAGAAGGACAAGAAGGAGCCCGCGGCCAACCAAGACCCGGUGUCUCCAAGUUUGGUCCAAGGGCGGAUAGUAAAGCCAAACAACAACAACACGCCCGGCAGCAAUGACGGCCUGGGACACAACAAGAUCCAGAAUGGCAAGGCCCUCAGAGAUGCUGGGACCGAGAACUGUGUCCAGGGGGAGGAGAAAGAAAGCUCCAACGACUCCACCUCCGUCAGUGCUGUGGCCUCUAAUCUGAGAGAUGAUGAAAUAACCCAGGAUGAAAACACUGUCUCCACUUCCCUGGGCCAUUCCAAAGAGGAGAACUCGAAGCAAACAUGCAUCAAAAUCGUCACCAAGACCCAAAAAGGGGACUCGGGUGCCCCAACCAAUACCACCGUGGAGCUCGUUGGUCCUUCGGGUCAGAAUGGAGAUGAGAAACAGAACAUCGUCGCCCGCAAGAUUGUGAAGAUGACCAAGCAGCCCGCAAAAAAGAAGCCUCCUCCCUCCCGGGAGAAGAAGGUGACCAGGACGAUCUUGGCUAUUCUGUUGGCUUUCAUCAUCACGUGGGCCCCAUACAACGUCAUGGUGCUUAUUAACACCUUCUGCGCACCCUGCAUCCCCAACACAGUGUGGACCAUUGGCUACUGGCUUUGUUACAUCAACAGCACCAUUAACCCUGCCUGCUAUGCACUUUGCAAUGCCACCUUCAAGAAGACCUUCAAACACCUUCUCAUGUGCCAUUACAAGAACAUUGGCGCGACGAGGUAAAGCCCCUUUGGGAUGAAGGGAGGUGGUCAAGGGGAGACUGGGAAGAAGAAAAGGGAUAAAAGAGCUCGUUGCAAAAUCUCUGCCAUUGCACUUUAUAGUCUUAUCACGGACGUGCAAUUAAGAAGCCCAACAGCGACACUUGUAUUGUGCCUGUGCUGCAGUCUGAGAAACUGGCACCUUAGAACCCCUGUCGGGACAGGAGCAGGCGACCAGGAAGGCGACACGUUGGAAUUGUGGAUUUCAGGAACGGUCUGCAUUUUCUCAGCCUCUUGAUAAGGGCUUCUGAAUCUACUAUCGUAUCCGUCUCUGCACAAGAAGAAGAACAGCCUCGCUCCUUUUUGUUGUUGUUCCGUGUUUACGUGAGGAGGAAAGGCCACGGUUAGAAGCUCACACGGAGACUUGAAGAAAUAGACUCACAGUACGAUGGGGCAGGAAAAAAGAGAAACGGGUGUAGAAACAACCUGCAGAGUGUUAAGCAUAUAUUAUUUUUUCUUAUGGUUUUACUUGGAGGAUUGCAAUGUAAUAAAUGCUUAUUUUUUUACCUUACCCUUUCCCCCCUUCAAAAGCAAGCGAACAAACAAAACCCCAGCUAGAUCACAUCAUUAUUUUUCUCGUUACAGGAUUUGCUUUUAUAUUGUUCUACACUGUGUAAGGACAGAUUAUAGGGGACUUUCACUACACCCAACCAGAGACAGCCAAGAAAAGGGGCACUUUGUCCCUGUCUAUUGCGUGCUUUGCAUCCUUGGGAGGUAUACAAGCCUAUAAAGAUGUACUUAUGCUCCUUAAUGGGAAAUGGUUUCCCCGAUGUCAUUUUCUCCCAGACUACCCUCUCAUUUUAAUAGACUAAUAGACUAGCCUCCCUAAUACAUAAACACACUUGAGAAGCCAAAGUGAUUGUAUUAAAUUGAGGGUUCAUCAAGUUCAGUAAUGGUCAUUCCACUUGGAGAAAGUUUACUGAGGCCAGACCAAUUUUGAGCUGAGAAAAUGGAAGGUUGCAAGGGCAUUCUGCUUCAACAUGAAUCUGCCUGACCCACUUAUGAAAUGCUAACCCGUAAAACAUGAACUCCUGGCCUUUGUCAGCAGGAAGAAGAUGUUGCUGUUUUCAUUUGGAAUUCUGAAUAGGAUUAACAUACUCACCUGACCCCAGGGGCUUCGGGGUCAGUGUCAAGAGAUUAACGCUUUCUCCUCAAUGCCUUCGGAAAGCCAAUCUUCAAUUCAUAGUCACGUGAGGCUGUUGAUAAGCAUCCGAUGGCCCGAUAAAGAAAAAAAAAAAGUAAUGUAAAAACAUUUACUGAAACCACAUGUUCCAUAUUCCUCAAACUGUCAAUUGUCCCUAAAAAUUUUUAACUGCAAAAUUCUAUCAGGAGAAGCAUAGUAACCCUUGUGACAGACACGCAGAAGAUCACUUGAAUAGAGGCCGGGGCACCCAGAAGAAUCUGAGACUAGAAUGUAGGUGGUUGCACCUGUGGCGCUUCUCACAUCUCUCUAGCUCUAGACUAUAACAAGGUCAACAAGGUCGUGUCGGGAACGAAUACCCAAACAGUGGCUUUAAAGAAUCCCAGUCACGUAGAGACUUUUUAUUUCAUACCCCAAAUACAUGUACGAUUCUGUCAUUCACCUUUAACUAGCUAUUUUGACUCCCCUCUUGUUUUACUAGAGUUGCUGUCGUCUCCCAAUCAGAUUUUCUAAAAGGUGACUCAGUUAAUAGAAAUAAAAGGUCUAAGAGCCUUUUCAAAUUUCAUAUUUUGCCUUUGAGACUUAGGAGCGUUAUCUUGACCAGUAAUGCCUAUGUGAGUUGGAUGAUAAAUUUGUCAGUGUUAGACCUUAGCACUUUCGUUAUUUUGUGUGACUGGCCUCAUUGGUGGCAGGUCAACAAUUUUGAGAGUUCAACAAAAGCACAAUGUAAACAGUCAGGAAGGAGCAAAUUGCCAACAGUAUUUGUACUUAACUUACCCGUUAGAACAAUAACUUCCUCUUUGAAUAAUUUCAGUUGUUCCCCCCCACCACCAAAUCUCUCUUAUAUAAACAGAUAGCCUCCGUCCAGACAGAUUCCUUUACACAACAAUUACAUCAGUGUAAACUUCUACAUUUUAAACCCAUGUUUAUUUUAUUUUCUUUCUUCAAAUUGACAAAUAAAUUGAGUGGAAGGAACCUCAAAAUAAUGGAGUGUUUGGUUCCCUAUAAAAAAAACAAUUGAUUGGCUGAAUCACUUACCAACUUGUACUAUGAUGAUGUGGAUUCAGCCUCAGUCAGAUGAACUCUUUGGACUCAAGGCUUGUGGAUUCCUGAUUUGAGUCUCUUCUACGUAACAAUCCCACUCACCCUGAGUCAACCUGCCUAUUACUCUCCGUUACCAUUGCACCCUUUCUUUUGUUUCUUUUAUGCCUGCCCUUUGGCAUAGCAACCGCAACCUUGCUGAAAGAGCAACCAUCAAGGAUUAAAGGAAGGAACUGAAGAUAUACUGACACAUCGUGGAAGCUUUGUCAACCCAAAUCAAAAGAUGGAAAACGACUGAAAAUGGUAGAUGAUUAGAACGAUACGGAGACUGCAGUCCACGGUUUGCAUUAGCUACUGCUGGAUUUGUCUAUGUCAGUGGCUCUCAGGCGGGGAUGAUUUUGCCCCCCGGGGGAUGUUUAGCAAUGUGGGGAGACAUUUUUGUCAUCAUAACUAGUGGGGAGAGCUAUUGGCAUCUGGUGGACAGAGGCCAGGGAUGCUGCUAAAAAUGGUGCAAUGCACGGGGUACCCACCCCUGCCAAAAUGAGAAAUUAUUGGCUCAAAAUGUCAGUGGUGUUGAAAUUGAGAAACCCUGGUCUCCUUCAAGGGAUUCUAGAGCUUGCUUUGUAUGAGUGAGAAAAUAAUCCUCUAUCACUAUUAGAAUAUCCAUGCAAAUUGCUCACCUGUUUGAAAAAGGUAAUUCUCGCCAGUCAGGUAUGAGACACGCUGUGAUCCAUCGAGUCUGGUGUGUUUGUGCUUCAUAGACUGGGAACAUGGGCCACAUCCACACACCCAGAAUCACCAGGACAGGCACACUGCAUGUUGCUUCCAGCACCUUGCUGUCCAAUCACGAUUUCCGCAGAGUCUGGUCCAUUGAAAUUUCAGUCAUUGGCCAUGAAGAUGGUUGCACUGAUGUGGUCAGUUUCUAUCGGAGCUGACCUUCGUCCUUUCAAAAGCAGGAAGAGCCUCUUUCAGAAACCGUAUCAUUCAUCUCCUUUGUUUUCACUGGAAAGGGGAAAUGCCUGUCAAGAACUUCUUCUCACAGCAAUAAUGUAAAUAUCACAGAAUAGUCUUGAAGAGGAAGCUAUUCAAAAUGUGCAAAGGCCAGGUCAUCCCUUAAAAAAAAAAGAAAUGGUUACCCUUUUACCAGUUCACCAGUAAUUCAGUGGCCUACCCCAAGUGUGAGGACACUAUGUAGUAAGUCAUUUUACAUUUGGCAAAACACAGAGAAGGCACAAUACCAUGAAUGAACCCUAAUGUCAACUACGGAUGUCAGGUGGAAAACGAUGUGUCAAAGGAGAAGCAUCCACUAGAACAAAUGUCCCACUUGGAGGUGGGGUGUUGACAGAAGGGGGCAGCUGUGCUUGUGUUGGGGACCGGGGGUAUACGGCAACUCUCCAUACCAUACACUCCAUUUUGCUGUGAACCUAAAACCACUAAAAAUAAAGUCUUUGAAAAAGUAAUAAACAAAAAGUAAAAUCCAAGUAAUACAUAAGUCACGUGACAGGUGUGGAUGCGGAAGCUGGAAGUCCCACCUGCUCCUGCUCUUUGUCCACCCACCGCUUUCUUGACCCUGCAGAUCCGACAUGGGGGGAGAUGGGGGUUCAAACUGAUGACAGCAUAUACAUGUAGAGAUGCGAUCUACCUUUAUUUUCUCCUACUCAGUUCAUUGGUAGUUGCCCUUUCCCCAGUUUGAUAAAAUCCCUUCCAACAGCCACAGCACUGUUGUCACAACUAGAGGAAGCACCCAAAGCCGGAUGAAUUGUGAAAAGUGUAUUUUCAGCAUGUACAUACAAUACCAUGCCUCUCCAAUAUGCUUCUCUUAAAAGGGUGCACGCUGCAGCAUGAACUGUGUGCAUAUUUAAUGUAUCUUCCUGGAAUAUGCUGUAUGCUUACUAUACAUAUUCUAUAAAUAAAGUAAUGAAAUGUAUAAUAGAAAUACAUAUUUCUGUAUGCAAAUAAAUAUAUUAUACACAAAAUCUUCAUACGCAAUAUGGUAUAUGUCGCUUCAGAGUACACAAUGAGAUUUUACGCGUCCACUUUUCAAAGAAAAGAGAAUCGGUUUUUGUAGGAGAGGUAUGAGAAUGACCAAAAUCCUACGCACAUUACUACUAAACUGUUUUAUCCUCUUUGAAAACACGGCGUUUGAUUUUAAGUAUCUCCUGAGAGAACAUAUUGAUAAAUCUAUGCCGAUGUCACCCCACGGGACAACCGCGCUUUUUGCUCCUGCUCUCCUGCCUGGCCUCUGACUAGCACCUUCCCGGAUGCUCCGGUUCCAACAGCUGUGUUGAUCUCACGUCUGAUUGCCUGAUGAGAUUGCGACCGAUUCAUUGGCAUUCCGCUUGGCUCGCUCGUCUCCCAAUUAACUGAUUUUUGUCAAAUAAAAAAUAAUCGUUCUGGAAGGAAAGAAUGACCUUCAGAAGGUUUUUCGUUCUGAAAAUCAAAGUAAAAAUUGUGCCAGCACUGUAGUUUAUAGACCGCCCUUUUCAGUUUGGGUCCAAUACAGCCUCCCGCACAUUAAAUAUCGGUGACUUUCAGUGUCCUAUGAGGUUGCAAGCUUCCCCGAGAAAUUACAAAGGAGAUGGGCUGUUUCGGAGUGCCCUGCAUUUCCUCCAUAGCAAUCGCCUUUCUGUCUUUGAUGCCCACUCAACUGCCCACGUUCCCCAGAACAUUUUCCUCAGCUUCUAUUAGCGUGACUUCUUAGUGAGCAAAUAUCGUUACAAUAUUAGUUGAUACCGGGCUUGCAAUCCUAAGAGGUGCAUAUGUUUUAACAGAAAAAUCAUAAACACUGAACAUUUGAGAGAUUUCUAUUACUCUUUAGAUACCAAUGCAUGCAAUGGGAGAGGCUUUUUCCCCCAGUAAAUUCUAGAUGUUUUUUUUCCCAAAUUCUGUGACACAUUUCAAUGUUUAUUCACUUCCUAAAUUUCUCCUUUCAUGCCACAAUCCACCCUUGUGAAUUGCUGUCCUUUAUCUGAACCGAAAUCGUUUCUGGGGAAAAAAAUGAAGAAAAAAAAUGGAGUUUUCUAUCAAUUCUCAUUAGUUCCUUAUUGUUCCAGUGAGAUGUUCUCAUUUCAUUUUUUAGAAUUUGAAUUGAAUCUUGCGCUGACGAAUUGUCAAAUGCUAUUUCUGACUAGGUGGUUGCAAAUAAUGGGACAGAAAAACAUCUGCCCAUCAUAAAGGAAGAAUUUUCUACUUUUUAACAUGUAUCACUCUUUCUCAACCAAAAAAAAUAGAAGGAGCAGAAUGGGGCAAGUUGUGUAACAUAGAUAUUUGUUAAAUAGGUGACAUUGGAGAAAAUCAGCUCUUUGGCUUCCUAAACAUGCACUCAUACAAUAAGUCAUGAAAAACUGCAAAAACAAACAAAAAAAGACACCAUCUUCUGUAUUUGAACAGUAUACCCAGUAGUUACCUGAAUCCUUAAACUAUAUCUUUACUGGAAUUGUGAACAACUUUGGAGGUUUUGUCAAAUUAAAAAUGACUAUCCUAUUUUUUAUUUUUUGAGAUAACUCCAUACUGUUUUUCCACGGUGGCUGCACCAGUCUGCAUUCCCACCAACAAUGCACCACGGUUCCCUUUUCCCCACAUCCUCUCCAGCACUUGUUGUUUGUUGAUUUAUUGCUGGUAGCCAUUCUGACAGGUGUGAGGUGGUAUCUCAUUGUGGUUUUAAUUUGCAUUUUCCCAAUGAUUGGCGAUGUUAAGCAUCUUUUUAUAUGUCUAUUGCCCAUCCGUAUAUCCUCUUUGGAGAAGUGUCUAUUGAAGUCUUCUGCCAUUUUUAAUCAAUUUAUUUUUUUGCUGUUAAGUUGUAGAAGUUCCAUAUAUAUUUUGGAUAUUAACCCCUUAUUGGAUGUAUCCUUGGCAAAUGUCUUCUCCCAUUCAACUCUGCUGCUAUGUAUGACCUUUCUGUUACCUCCAGCACUUGGAGCUCAGCUAAGUGGUCUUGAAAAAAAAAAGUCUACUGCAUGACAGUGAUUAUAUGGACUCAUGGGACAAAAACGUGCCUAGACUUCACAAAUCCAUCAUGGCACCUAGAAAACAUGCCUACAAAUACAUACCUUCAUUAUGAAUACCCCCAAACCCUAUGCAACUCUAUAAGGUGGUUCUUUUAAUACCAACAUUACCAUCUAGAAAGCCGAAAAGAAAUAAGUGAGGAUUUCUCAGCACAUUCCUUUGAAACCCCUCUCAGGCAUUCUUUUGAGGUUGACAGCUCUGUACACCUUACGGAUGAUGUGCAAACAUAAGAGUGGUACUUACUCUGAACGUGCAAUAGAUAUUCAAAGGGUCAAAAUGUCUGGGGUCUCAAAUUAAUAAACAAGAAGUCAGGCAUGUGUGUCCAAUUCUGCAAAACAAAUAAGAUUAGCAACAAUUUGUGUUUGCUUUUCUUGAUAUUCUCACUAUUUUACCUUAUUAAUAAAAAAGUACAAGGGUUCAUGUAAGGACUAGAUAUUAAAUGGCUGAAUAAAACCAUUUUUCAACCCUAUUAGGUGUAACUUAACCUACUUAAAAAUAUAAUCUGAGCAACUUUGCACUUACUCAGAAAAAUACUAUGAAGAAUAAAAUUAAGAAUAAAACGGGAGCAACAAAAAUUUGACCUCCUGGGAAGAAAAAAUAACAAAAACAACUUAUCUCUAAGCUCUUUCAAAGGAAUAACAGUAAAUAUUUAUUAGCACUUCUUUUUUCCCAAGUUCUUUGCAUUUUAUUUUUGUUAUGUUUACUUUUUGCAUCUCUUUUUAGUAUUUUUGUGAAGGUCCUUAACUAAUGGUGUUUUAAAAGUAAUUUUAAUAAACGUUUUGGGAGACAAACAUGGCUAUUUCAUUAAAGCUUGUCACUUUCAUUUUAGUUCAUGCUGUUACUCCAGGAAACAAAAACUAAAU